AGUCAACUGACGUACGGAGAUGCAAGGCAUGUGGCUCCUGCUUACAGCUGUGCUGUGUUCCAGCACAGCGCAUGCAUUCAAGGCUGCUGUUUAUGAGCACGUACAAAGUAAAGCCACGCCUACAGAGACAGCAGUUGCAGAAAAUUUAGAGGCAUACUUGUGGGCCACUGGAAAUGCGUCCAGUGAGAAGGCAGACAUCAUCGUUUUUCCGGAAGACGGCAUCCUCUAUCGAUUGAAAGACCGUGAAGAAGUUGCCAAAUGGGCUGAGGACAUUCCGGACCUUGGCGUAAUGGCCUGUGGGUCUCAGAACAUGUCACUUCUUUCCAACCUGAGCUGUAUGGCGCAAAGUAACAGCAUAUACCUGGUGGCCAACCUCAUCGAUAGAAAGCCCUGUGCGAACGAGACAUUGACCACAGCUGUCACCGCGACAAGGUCAAGUAUUUCAACCACUAACGGGCCUUCAGACCGCAACGGCCCACUGUCGCAGGUAAUCUUGCACAUGCUGCUGAUAGAGACUUUCUCCAUAAGCCGUUGUAUUCUGCCUACCACCAGGUACCACAAGAACCACUUGUUCGUCGAGCCCUUAAUGAACCCUGCUGACCCAUACGAGUUUGCAGUCUUCAAAACGGACUUCGGUGCCCAGGUGGGCCUUUUCAUUUGUUUCGAUGUCCUCUUUGCCGAGUCAUCUCUGCUUGUCGAGAAGCACAACGUCACCCUGGGUGUCAUGAGCAGCUGGUGGUUCGACGAGCUUCCUGGCUGGUACUCGGUUGGAGUGCAGCAAGCCUGGUCCAUACACAAUGGAAUUCCUCUGCUGGCAUCGGGAAUCCAGCGACUUGAAAUGGGCUCCCUGGGAAGCGGCAUAUACGCUGGACUCCGUGGUCCACUCAACUACACCUACAGCCCGGAUGGAAAGAGCAAGCUGCUGAUGGCCGACCUGUCUAACGCCACAUCACUGAAUCCCAGGUACCCUGGUGACGAGCUUCAUCCUAAGCAGCGCUUCCUGAACCAAGGGGACGUGAGCGACCAUGCCGCACAGGUGCUUGGGCGGCCCAAGGGCUACAGCCGCGUUUGCCACGGAGACUUUUGUUGUUCACUCUCAUAUGAGACUCAAGAACUGAACGACAACUUUGUGCUGCUCGCCAGGAAUGGCUUGCGUAAUAUCGGCACUUACAUGCAGCUUGGCAUUCAGCAAUGCAUCCUCGCGGUGUGCGAAUCGAGAAAUAACACGGUCUGCAAGAACUUCUCGACUCGCUCGACCACGAAGUUCACCGAGCUGCAAUUGACGGCCCAGUUUGCGACAAAUGCCGUCUUCCCCGUGGUGGCUUCGGACGAGCUGGCCCUGACGCCCAAGGAUAAGUGGCAGUUUGAGACGACCUCGACCAACGCGAGCACCCUGACUCUCAAGGAAAAUGGCAAGGACGAGGAUAUUCUGCACAUCGUACUGUAUGCCCGUUUGUACGACGCUGACAGGUUUACCAAAUGAUUUGACCCUUAUCACUCGAAGUUGCUGGGGAUUCGGCACUCGUAAUCCCUAGCGUCCUCCAUGUGUACGGUUGAGAUUUGUGCUUUAACGGAAGGGGCUUUCGACAAUUUGCGGUUGCACUUUGGUUAUUUUUUGCUUCUGAAGUUACAUGUGUUCUUGUUAUAUGAAACCAGUAUCCUUCUUUUUGGCUUUUACUUCUUUGAGGCCCUGUUGACUGUGAAUGUCAAUUAUAUUACUGUUUAGACAGUGAUCAAGCAUGUGCCUGGAGUAUGCACUGCACAUGUAAUUUAUGUCAUUACAACCACCUCGUUGAUAAGGCGCAACAAUUAUGUAAGUGAAAAUGUGAGUCUUGUUCGUUAAAAGGUGAAAAACAAAAAAGGAAAGGAAUGGGUCAGAUGUUGCUGCAGGCUACACUGCAGUUGACACAGGCCUGGCUGAUUUGCUUACUUAAGAUGUCACACAGAACUCAGCAUUGCUGGAGCCAUUACCAUAGUUGCCUAGAGGUCUUAAUAUCACCAAGAAAGCUGUCAUACCAACUUUUUUUAUGAGUCUUAGAUUUUUAGUCAUUAUUUGCAGCGUAUUUUUAUUGUCCACAGGGAUGCUACGUGUAAGUGCAUGUUCGGUAUGCAAGCACUGUCGAAUGCUCAUGGUGGUUUUAUUUAGGUCUGUUCUAGCACUAUUGGCUUCACUUUCUUGUGCAAAAUGUAAGUCAUAGGUCACACUUCACCGUUUGCCAGCGAAAUAUCUUUUAAUUAUGAAAUAUACAUUAUUAGUCUGCAUUCUUUAUGCAAAAACCUUAAUGCACCUAAUAGUGGCAGGCUCACUUUAGCUACCAAAAAAGGACUGCUCUGGGAAUGUGAGAAGGCUUUCAUUUUAUGCACUAUGCAGAAAGGUAGGCCACAUCAAUUAGUACAAUCUAAUAUAAAUAUUCAAGUUAUGCAAGUUAAACUGUGAUACAUACCACAUAUGGAUCAAUAAAUAGACUCAUAUUAGUCAUCAAUGCUGGUCCUCUAUACAUUUGUGAGAAGCGGUGUACAAUGAAAAAUAAUGGCAUGAAGGUGACUUCCUUUAUGCCUGCAUUGUCACAUAAGGUGUGUGUGCGAAUGCACGUGUUCACAAUGCAUCAGGACCUAUGCAAAUGUGAUAGAAUGUGUGCCUUAUGGUAGUGCGGCUGUUGACUGUGAAUUAAUGUGCUGAUUGAACAAACAAUAAAGCUUGUUUGAAUU